AUGAAGUCCUUCGCCGCCUUGCUCGCCUUUGUCGCCGUUGCUUCCGCGGACCGCGUUAUCACGGUCUAUAACGCAUGCCCAUUCACAGUCUGGCCUGCGUUGUUCACCGACCCCAACAGUCCCGGUGGACGACCCGCCCAAGUCACGGGCUGGGAAGCAGGCAAAUUCACUGCCGUCACCUUCAAUGUUCCUGAGCGAUGGAACGGCCGUAUUUGGGGUCGCCGUAACUGCAACUUUGCCAACGGCAAUACUGAUCCCAAUACUUCUUGUCUCGACGGCGGUUGCAAUGGUGGAUUGAAAUGCGCCUUCAUUGGCGGCACUGGCGUCCCCCCGGCUACCGUCGCCGAGUUCAAUCUGAAUGCCGAUGGUGUCGAUUGGUAUGAUGUGUCUCUUGUCGAUGGCUACAACCUUCCCAUGCGCAUCACCAACGAUGUUGGCUGCCCCGCCCCCGACUGCCCUGUUGACCUCGGGCCAAACUGCCCCGCUGAACUCAAGGGUCCGUUCGACAGCGUCGGUUUCCCUGUUGGCUGCAAGUCUGCCUGUGUCGUCGAUUCCCUUGCCGGAAAGAAUGCCCACAAUCCCAACUGCUGCACUGACGAGUUCUCAACUCCCGGAGCCUGCCCUCCCUCCGGCGUGCGCCACUACGACUACUUCAAGAGGAACUGCCCCAACUCGUACGCUUACGCCUACGACGAGAGCUCCGGCACGGCGCUCUGGACCUGCGCUGCCAACCGCCGCCCCCACUACACCAUCACUCUCUGCCCUUGA